AUUGCUGUGUAUGCUGAACACUUCGUUGCUGAUACGCACUUCUUCCCAAUAUGCUAUACAAAAGAUGGUGAUAUUUUUGGGUCAGAUGGUUGGGCUGGAUUGGCAAAAUAUAGUUUCAGGGGACAACAGCCAGAGCAUCGAUCCUAUUAUGAUGGUCGUUGUGGACUCGAGGUGGCUGUGUAUACAGAGUCAUUGCUUUCAUUCCCUGUGACAGCAAGCAAGCAAACGGAAGAAGAUGAGUAACCAGAAACACGUUUUAUACAUAUCUUAUGAGAGAGCCACUGGGUAUCUAAAUUUGUUUGGAUUAAGAAGUCCACUAAAGUCAGUCAACUAAGGAAAAAUGAAGGGCGAGAGUAGCAGUAGCAGUAGCAGAGGAGUAAUGGAAAAGAAGAACAUGGCGAUUCUGCCGUGGGAACUCGUAAUCGGAAUUCUGUUGAUGCUGCCAGUGAAAUCCCUCGUUCGUUUCAAAUGUGUAUGUAAGUCAUGGCUUUCUCUUCUCUCUGAUCCACACUUUGCAAUAUCACAUUUUCAACGACUCACCGCAAGCUCUAGCAGACUUUUGUUCAUAGCGCCUCCUGCACUUGAAAUCCGAUCCAUAGAUUUCAAUGCAUCCCUUCACGAUGAUUCUGCAUCUUCUACCUUAAACCUCAACUUUCUACCUCCCAGUACUUAUCAUAAUGUUCAGUUAAUAGGUUCCUGCAGAGGGUUUUUACUUCUGAACUGUUGUCAAAGUCUCUGGGUGUGGAAUCCAUCCACUGGUGUCCACAGAAAAUUGUCUUCCACCCCUAUUGAGUCCAAUUUGAUGCAAGCCAUGUUUUUUACAUUUCUCUAUGGUUUCGGGUAUGACCCAUCAACCGAUGACUAUUUGGUGGUUAAAGCGUCACACAAUCCAAUGUCGCUCGGUAGUGCCACCACCCGUGUGGAGUUUUUGUCGCUCAGAACUAAUGUGUGGAGAGAUGUUGAGGCUACCCAUUUGUCUUAUAUGAACUCCUCUAAGGGUAUCAAGGGCAUCAGAGAAGGGUCGCUUUUGAAUGGUGCUAUUCAUUGGUUGGCUUUUUGCUGUAAUGGAUCGAUGGAUGUCAUUGUUGUCUUUGAUCUAACUGAAAGGAGUUUCUCAGAGAUACUUUUGCCGGUUGAGUUUUUAGAUUAUGAGUCUAAUUGUUGUGAUUUGGCGGUGCUUGGGGACUUGCUUAGUAUAUGUUUUGGGGAGUGGGACCAUUCAGUGGAGAUAUGGGUGAUGGAAGAGUACAGAGUGCAGUCAUCUUGGACUAAGACUAUUAUUGUGUCUGCUGAAAACAUUCCUGCUGCUAUGUACUUCUUCCCAAUAUGCUAUACAAAAGAUGGUCAUAUUUUUGGGACUGAUGGUUGGACUGGAUUGGCAAAAUAUAAUGGCAAGGGACAGUUGCAAGAGCAUCGGUCCUAUAGUCAAGGUUCUUAUCGAUCUCAGGUGGCUGUGUAUACAGAGUCUCUGCUUUCAUUCCCCAUGUAACAGCAAGCAAGCAAACUGAAGAACAUGACUAACUAUACACAAUAAUGAAACAUUUGCUGGUACCUUUUCUAUAUUCUCAAUACUCACUUUGUAUUAUGAUUUAUGAAUUCCCCUUGUAUACUAAAGUAAUACACGGAAUGAUGAAACUACUACUUCAUUAUUAUGUUUUUGUUUUAUGAUUAUUUCAUCAUGAUGUUGUUACCGUGUCAAUUAGUGUCAUUUGUAUCCUUCCACUCUUUCACUUAAAUUUUUGGAAUUUUGGCUCAA